AUGGAGAGGAGGGAGGUAAGAUAUCGGAAUAUUUGAUUGUGAUGCACAAUUAAACAGCAUCCAUUGCAGAACGUCUGCUCUUACCCCAACCCGCCUCUCUCUCUACCUCUAUUUCCUUCUCUCCUCUAUCUCUCUCGCUCUCUUCUUGUUCUUCAGUAUCCAGUCGGAGAAGUCCUCAUCAUUCCGAUGACAUUGUCGACGUCACCUUCGCCCCAGGACUCAGUUCGACCCCAAACCCUUCCCCUCCAUCCCUCUUCCCCUCCUCCCCCCGUCUCCUCCCCUCCUCCUCCUCCACUUUCUCUCUCCAGUCCCCAUCUCCAGGCUGAGUUUCUGAGGAGAGCUCCCAAAGCUGCCUCCCCCGACAACGACUUUGCUAGACCCCAAAUCCUUCCCCUCCAGCCUUCUCCCCCCGUCUCCACCUCUGUAGCCUCCCUUCCUCCCCCUCUUUCCUCCACUCCUCCACCCCUCUGUCUGUCCAGUCCCCAGCUCCAGGCGGAGUUUCUGAGGAGAGCUAGCCGUGGUCUCAGAACUGUCUCCUGCGACACCGACGAUGUCCUCACUUCCCCCAGCUCCCCCCUGGUCUCACCCUUUACCUCCACCACCACCUCCCCCCUUACCUCCCCACCUCAGCCUCUCUCCCCCACCUCCCCCUUUAACUCUCCACCACAGCCCCUCUCCCCCUCCACGCCCACUACAGAGGGUGAGUGUACGUUUUCGAACAGUGUCAUGGUGUAGUACUGAUAGUAUAGUCUGAGUAAUGUGUUGCUAGUCUCUCUCCACUUCUCAGCUACUGAGUAUAGCUAAUGUAGUAGCAGUCGUAGUAGUAGCAGCAGCGUUGUUGUUGUAGUAGUAGCAGCAUUGUUGUUGUUGUUGUAGUAGUAGUAGUAGUAGUAGUAGUAGUAGUAGUAGUAGUAGUAGUAGUAGUAGUAUAAUAAUACAGUAGUAAUGUGUGUAUGUGUCUCUCCAGUAAAGAGCUGCUGUGUGUAGUGUAGUGGUGUACAAUAAUAUUUGUGUGUGUGUGUGUGCAGGUCGCGCUACUCGCCUUUCUCUCUCCAGUCCUGAGCUGCUGACGGAGCUGCGUCGGUCUCAGUCCCGUCCUAUGAAGCACGUCUCCAUCUCUAAAGGACUCACCACUGUCUUCUGUGGACGGGGCAGGGGCGUAACGGUAAGGUGUGUGUGUGUGUGUCUCACACCACUGUCUUCUCUGGCAGGGGUGAGGACAGAAAGUAUUGGGGGAUGAUGUGAGAACUUACCUACUGUGGUAAAUAUAAACCGCUCCCCCCUCUCUCGCUCUCUGUGCACCAGACUCCUAGCUCUGCCCCUGCCUCAGGAGCAACCAACCAGACACUCCGCUCAGACUCCACGGCCAAUGGGAGAAGACAGGCGGGUCCCAGGCUGUCCAAUGGGACAUUGCGUUAG